AUGAAGUCGCAGACAGCUCACGGAAGUGUCGCUCGGUUCCUGCGCAACCACUCUGGCCUUGUCCACACUCCGUCCCCUUCCGUCCCACACACGCACUCCCCUCCAUCGCUCACGCUUCCUCGCGACAACGAGCACGCUCCCUCCCCUCCCGUCUCCUUCGCGCUCGCUCCAUUGUCGCACACGCGCGCUCUGUUUUCUCGCGGAUUACAAUUCCCUCCCGUCGCCCACGCGGGAGCACCGAGACCGAUCACGCACACUCCCUUCCGUCACCCACGCUCACUUCGUUCCCGCCGCAGACGCGCAAUCUCUUCCGUCGCCCCCGCGCACUCCGUCAGUUACCUCGGCCCACGCGCACUCCCUUCCGUUGCCCACUCUCAAGACCUUCCCGUCGCCCACGCUCACACCCUUCCCAUCGCCUACGCGCAAUCGUUCCGUCGCCCACUCUCAAUCACUUCCCUCGCCCACGCUCGCUCCCUUCCCGUCGCCCACACUCCCUUUCCAUCGCCUUCGCGCAAUCCUUACAUCGCACACGCUCACCCCCGCUCGUCGCACACGGCCAAUCCCCUCUCGUCGCACGCUGCCGCCCGCGCCGCGCUCUCCCUUUCAAUCUCCUCCCGCCGUCCACGCUCACUCCACUGCCGUCACACACACACGCACCCUCCCCUCGACGGAGAGGGGGUGCUCCGCUUCCCUCGCAUAUGCGUUCAUCUCCCCAUCCCUCAUCUCCCCAUCCCUCAUCUCCCCGUCCCUCAUCUCCCCGUCCCUCAUCUCCCCGUCCCUCAUCUCCCCAUCCCUCAUCUCCCCGUCCCUCAUCCCCCCGUCCCCCAUCUCCCCGUCCCUCAUCUCCCCGUCCCUCAUCUCCCCGUCCCUCAUCUCCCCAUCCCUCAUCUCCCCGUCCCUCAUCUCCCCGUCCCUCAUCCCCCCGUCCCCCAUCUCCCCGUCCCUCAUCUCCCCGUCCCUCAUCUCCCCAUCCCUCAUCUCCCCAUCCCUCAUCUCCCCAUCCCUCACCUCUCCGGUCUUCCUCUCCCUCUCCCCUCUCCUCUCAUUCCUUACCCUUCUCCCUCUCCUCUCCCUCCUCCCUUUCCACUCGCCCCGCCACUCCCGCCGUGCUUCUCCCUCCCCCCAUUCCGCCUCGCCCCAUUCCGCCCCACCCCAUUCCGCCCCAUCCCAUUCCGCCUGACCUCAUUCCGCCCCACCCCAUUCCGCCUCACCCCAUUCCUCCUCUCCCCAUCCCCUCCUCAUUUUACCCCCUCUUCUCCCCUUCCCCACCUCAUCCCAUCUCCUCCUCUUUCCGUCCACCCCUCCUCACCCCAUCUCCUCCUCUUUCCAUCCAGGCAUCCUCACCCCAUUCCGCCUCACCCCAUUUCGCCUCCCAUCCUCUCCCCAUCCCCUCCUCUUACUAUCCCUCCUCUCCCUGUCUCUCCUCUCCCCAUCCCUCCUCUUAUUAUCCCUCCUCUUACCAUCCCUCCUCUUACCAUCCCUCCUCUCCCCAUCCCUCCUCUCCCUAUCCGUCCUCUCCCCAUCCGUCCUCUGUUCGUUCCUUCCUCCCUACAUCCCUUCCUGUUUGCUCCGCACUUCACCUCCCCCUCCCCUCCCCCAAUCGCUCUGCGCGGUCUCAUUGCAGGGACUCCUCGCAGGGAAAGAAGGGGAAAGGGAGGAAAGUGCACCCACGCUACGCCUAUCCCCUCACCCCGCCCUGUCCUAUCCCCUCACCCCGCCCUGUCCUAUCCCCUCCCCUCCCCCUCCCGUCCUCUCCCCAUCCCCUCCUCUUCCAAACCCAUCCCUCCUCAUCACAUCCCUCCUCUUUCCAUCCAUCCUCUCCCCAUCCCUCCUCUCCCCAUCCGUCCUGUCCCCAUCCCCUCCUCUCCCCCUCCGCUCCAGGUGUUUCCUCCCAUCAUCACUUCCUCCCAUCACCACUUCCUCCCAUCACCACUUCCUCCCAUCACCACUUCCUCCCAUCACCACUUCCUCCCAUCACCACUUCCUCCCAUCACCACUUCCCCCCAUCAUCACUUCCUCCCAUCAACUCUUCCUCCCAUCACCACUUCCUCCCAUCACCACUUCCUCCCAUCACCACUUCCUCCCAUCACCACUUCCUCCCAUCACCACUUCCCCCCAUCAUCACUUCCUCCCAUCACCACUUCCUCCCAUCAUCACUUCCUCCCAUCACCACUUCCUCCCAUCACCACUUCCUCCCAUCACCACUUCCUCCCAUCACCACUUCCCCCCAUCAUCACUUCCUCCCAUCACCACUUCCUCCCUGCAUUCCUCCCUUCCGCCCUCCCCCCUUUUUCGUUUUCCGGAUCAAACUUCUUUCUCCCAUCCGUUUUUCCUCCCUGCAUCAUUUCCUACAGUAUUUCGUUAUUUCCCUCUCACCCUCUUCCUGUCUCCUCCUUUCCCUCACCCCCCCUCUUCCGAUCCCUUUCCCUCUCACAUCGUCCUAUCUUCCCCUGUCCCUUCCCCCCUGCUUCCCUCUUCCCCCUCUUUCCCCGCUUUCCCCUCCCCAUCGCUCGUAUUCUCUUUCUCUCCCUGGCUAUUGCAGUGACUACACUGAUGAUUUUUCUGGUGCUGCAACUCGCUCAUAGGCCCAUCAUCCCAUGCCAUGCUCGUAGAGAAAACAGUUCCCUUCAUGUUUCUUUCGAGGCUUUGGAAAAGGUACAAUCAAAAGUAUUGUGCACAUGCCUUUCUGUACCCUUCUGA